UUGUGUACAUGAUGCUAAGCGAAAUGGGCUGCAGGUAAAAGGGUUAAACAGCGAAACGUUUUGUCUUAAAUAAGAAGUACAUUAAUUAGCAGGAGGUAGACAUGGUAGACCUUCAUCAGACAAUAGUUCAUCCCAAAGUUUCAACGAGACAGCGUGGCAGAAACGAUGUUCGGACUGCACAUUUCUCUACUGAGGAAGCCGCCAGAAGCAGAAGCACAUACGAGGACAGCUGAGUAAGAUAUGAGAACCCUGUCAAGGUGUAGGCGAGCCUGCAGGUACAUCAGCACCCUACACUAUUAUUCACCUUUCCACUGAAGGUCUAUGCUGGCUCAGCAGGUAGCAUCUGACCUGGAGUUUGAAGGGAAAGUUCAAUCUGAAACAGUCUUUAGAGACAGUGGACCAUGGCCUGGAAAGUGUGUAUCUCUCUGUCAUAAAGAAGACAAUAAAAUCCACAUUCAGCACUGCUGCAUAUGAGCUUUCUGACUCAUAACCACAACUCCAUGCUCUCAUGUGACCCUCCAUCACUCACUCUUAAUCGCUGCAAGAUGCACCGAACACAGAGCCACCGGCGCAAAGCAAAAUACCUCAAGACAAAAAAAGGAUUCAUGUCUUCAAUCAACGGAGUUUCUCAUCUGUCCAGGCGAGCCAAGAGACGCUUGCAUUGUAAAUUACAGCUUUGGAUGUGGAGGAAGCGGAGAGAGAAAUGCCGCUUUUGGACAUUGAGAGCAAAGAAACGAGCAUGCGGGAUCAACUCCAGCUCCUGCAUCAGUGUAAAGACACAAUCCCAGAAAAAUAAAAGCAAAGCUCGUUCACCUCUUGGAUAUGAUUUUGGAGGUUCAGAGGACACGCUUGGGAGGCAGAACUGCCUGCUGAAGCUGGGGGACUCUGUCAGCCCGUCAGAAACGUUCAUUGCCUCCAGUUCCUCGCAGAACCCGGUCACAGCCACAAAUGUUUCUGCAGGUAACAUCACCAUGACAACGGCGAUGGUGCCGUCACAAAAAACAGACACUUUGGUCCAGCUUAGUGAAAUUACAGACUCCUUCAAACAUUCUCACACUGUUGAACCCCUGUUGAGUACAGACAGUGAUGCAGGUGGGUUAACUUCUCAUUUUAAAGAACCGAGGACACUUACACGAGCACAAACGCUUGAGGUUGAUAACCCAUCAGGACACUUAACCACUGUCCCUCGAGGUGAGGACAGGGCUGCAAACGGAGAUACUGAUGAGAGGAGUGAAGCGUCUUCUCAAGAUGAUGCCAGACUUAAAGUACUGACGAAAGACAUCCAUGGUAAAACCUUUUUCACUUCUUCACUAUUUUUACUGCUGUGUUUUUCCCAGCUGUUUCAGAUUGCUUGUGCAUUGCUUGCAUGUUUCCUUGUUUCUCUAGAAUUUCUUGAGGACUUCUACAGAAUAUAUGGAAGUUUCAUCCCACUACAAAAGAGCGAUGUGUUGACACACCUGAAGAGGAGGUUUAACUCUGAUUUCAGUGACAGGAAAGAUCUAAUCUUCCCAGAAGUUACCAAAUACCGAACUGCCAUCAUUCAGAAACCUGUUCCCUCCUUCCAGGUGGUCUACAAGAAACACACACUGACACUGGACGAUUUGUCUACACUGGCGGAUCAGAACUGGCUCAAUGACCAGGUCAUGAACAUGUAUGGAGAAUUGAUAAUGGAAUCUGCCCAUCACAAGGUCCAUUUUCUCAACAGCUUCUUCCACAGGCAGCUCAUGACUAAAGGAUAUGAUGGUGUUAAGAGAUGGACAAAGCAGGUGGAUUUGUUUUCUAAGAGUUUGCUUUUGGUGCCCAUCCACUUGGAGGUUCACUGGUGUCUGGUGACCGCUGACAUUGUUAAAAAGAAGAUCUGCCUUUACGACUCUCAAGGGAAUGCACUCCGGAAGGUAGCAAGGAACAUCCUGAAAUACUUGAUGACAGAAGCGAAGGAGAAGAAGCAGACAGCUUUUGAAAAUGACUGGGCUGUGUCGUUCGAUGAGAAAAUCCCACAACAGACCAACGAAAAUGACUGUGGAGUUUUUGUCUUGGAGUAUUCCAGAUGCCUUGCCCUGGGAAAAGCUCUGCAGUUUUCACAGAAGGACAUACCAAAGAUACGCAAGCGGAUCUAUAAAGAGCUCUGUGAUUGUAAGCUCCAUGAGCGGGACUGACCAUAUUCAACAUGUGCUGCUUUUGCUGUUUAGGGUAGGAAAUGAGCAAUCCACACUUUCUCACACUGUCUCUGUGUAGGGCUGGAUUAGCUGUAACAGCCUUACAGCACUGUGUGAGUGAGUACAUAUGGCUGGCCCCAGUAAGAGAGUAUCAGUCUUCUACCAGGUGCACUGUGCAUACUAAAUCAUAAUCCUUCUACUGUUACUGUAUUUAUGCGACCAAUAUUUAAUCAGGCAUGCUACUUGAUAAAAGGGAAGAGCUUGUCUUGUAGUUUACACAUCUACAGUGCACCAACAGAGCCUUACUCAAUGAUCGGAACAGAUCUAAUCUGUCACGGCCCACGUCUGUGUUUAGGUGCUGCUUAUUUUCUGUUAACAUAUCUGUUCACCUUAUUUGCACAUUUGAAGUCUCAUUUUGCAUUGUUUGACGUUUGUUUGCAUCAUAGUUUACCUGUCAACGCCAGAACACUUAAUAGAAGCUAUGUGAAUUUGUAUUUUGUGAACUGGAAUCAGUUAUUUUUGUUUGUUAAAUGAAAAAAAGAAAGUACAUGAAGUUUUAAAUAAAAGCAGUUUCCAA